GCCGAAGCUGAAUUUCCAAAAUUUACUUGCACUCAAAUCUUCUGAAGGUUCAAACGUUCAACGUUCAAUGGUUCAACACGCUCGAUACUCAAAUGGAAUAUUCCAGGCCUAGCGAUGCCGUUGUUUGUUUUCGAUUGUGGGCGCGCGCGGAAAGCGAAUGAAAAAAGUCACGUUUUGUUAUCAGACACUAGCAGAGGCAACAGCUAUCGCCGAGAAAUAUCAUCGGAGCAAGGCGGUCUCGACAAGGAUGACUGAAUUUCAAGGGAUGUUUUCGAAAACGGUUAUCAUCAAACUCGAGGACGAGUCGGAAUGGGUCGUUCAGUUACGCGAUAACGAGAUAGACACGACAAAAGUAGCACUUGCACGGUCCAAACUUGGAGAUGUCGUUCCUUUCGUCCAUCGGGCCUCUCCACUCAAAGCUCAUUUUGCAUUUAUUGCACCGUUCGUACAUGGAAAAGUUUGGUGCAAAAAAGACAAAGAGCUCUCUGGAGCUGAGCGCGUCUCGAUCGCUACUCAGCUUGGCGGUAUGCUUGCUCGAUGCGCAAUCAAUGAGGACAGCUCUGCCAUGAUUGACUCGUAUGUCAUACCGAGGCUUCGUUAUAUACUCGACCAUUCCUUCGUAGAUGGAACCCAUCCACAGCUUCGGGCACGAAUCGAGGACCUGGCAAACCAGGCCCCUUCUACGCAUGUUCUCCCGCUUGCUGUUAUUCACGAAGACGUCAACUCAAUGAACAUCAUUCUUGACGAUGAGUCGAAUGGUAUCGCUGCACUUAUUGACUGGGAAGCUGCCUCUCUUCUUCCGCUUGGUUCCAAUGCCUGGUGCAUUCGCUUUCUUGCUACAGUCAAUCGCAAUCGAAUUGACUACGAGACAGAUGAUACACUACCAAUGACUCGAGGUUUCUGGACCGGUCUUGUGGAUAAUCUUCCUUUGCACCUUAAGGGUCGGAAGGAUGUUCUUGAGGCCCUUCUUUCUGCUAUGCAAAUCGGUCUAGUCAUGUUCAUUUUCUGGCCAAGUUACGAUGUCAUUGACAAUGCUGACAUGGAACAGAGCUUGAAGAGGUUGAAUUGGUUUGAAGAUACUCUUCGCCCCAUGGUGCAAUGACCUGAGUAUAUCUAGUCAUAACAUGCGCUUCCAAUCUACUCCUUUGAGCGAAGAUUCGGGAUAGACGAUGCCUUGGGAGUCAUUUUGUGUCGUUGUUUAAAGCAAUUUUAUUUAAAUAAUGUUCAUGUUUCGGGACCCAUUUUAAAGAGUGUCCGUGUUGUCCACCGUAUAUAGAAAUUCUGGAGAUUCAAAUAUCGUCGUUUCUUGAAGGUUGCUCCAAGCAUACGCAAUGAGGGAGCUUCUCCUUCGAUCUAGCCCUGGAGUGGAUUAUUGGGAUACGGAGAACUUGGGAAGCAUUAGCUGAUACAUAUUAGCAGGAACUGGGAAAACUG